GUGUGUGUUUUUGUGUGAAGAUGUCUUUUACAAGUGAAACUCCGGUAAAAACGAUUCUUGCCGACCAUCCGUUGUUGGAAAAAUUUCAAGCAACGCUAAAAGAGCAUUUGAAUCGAAUAAAUGAGCAAUUGGUAAAAGAAAAUCUUGAAAUCGAUAACCAAAUCCAAAUAUUAAACGAUGAACGAGAAGAGAUUGGUUCGAAUUUAUACGAUUUACAGCAAAAAAUCGACCGUCAAAAUAACGAACUAGAUUCAUACAAUUCGUGCAUUUCGCAAACAUUUGAAAAACGCAUCAAGUGCGAAGAAGACACUCGACAAUCAAAAAUGGAGUUGAAAUUGUUACAGAAUUUCCAUCGUGAUGCAAAACGUGUGUACGCCGACCGUAUGGUUGAGUUGAAAAAAUUGCAAACACUAGAGCAAACGAUUGAUAAGUGGCAAAAGGAAAUGGAGCACAAUUUAAAAGUUUCGAAACUAAUGUUGAGCAAGGACAAACAGGAAAAAGAGCGCAUUAGCAAAGAGAAACGGGAAAUGGACUUUUUACUAUUGAACAUUGAAAUCGAAGUCAUGAAAUGUGAAACGAGAUCCGAUGAAAUAUUGAAAGAGUUACAGGAAAACGAACGACUGGUUGAAAUGUUAAAAGCAAAACUUAUUGGAUCGAAUGCUGAUUUAGACGCAUUACAAACAGAUAAUCGACGAUUGAUUAGCUCAUGGAACGACGUUAUUCAUGCCAUUUCGAAUCGAGAUAAAUUAUUAGCCAGAACCAAUGAAGAUUUGACCAAAGAAAAUGAACGAAUAAAAGUCAUUCAGAAUGAAAUCGAUGCAACGAAAAAGGAAGCAAUGAAACAAAUGGAACAAAACGAAAGUCUCGAACAGUUUAAACAACGACUUUCAGACGAUUCAAUCCAUUUGGAUAAACAAUACGACAAAGCGAUGCGUGAAUUAUCCGACUUGAAUAAAAAAAUUGAAAAAUUCACAAUUUUAAUAGAGGAAACGGAUAAAUCGUUGCACCAAGCCUCAGUUGAAAAUCAUAUUCUUGAUGGAAAUCUAAAGUCAUUGAUACGCGAACACGAGCGACAGGUCAAUAAUCGAACGGCACAAGAGAAUCAUAUUUUAGAGCUAUUACAGGAACAAGUGACUACCGAUCAAGCGAGCAAAAAACGCGGCCGACACAUUCGUGAUUUACAAAAUAAGCGCCGGAAUAUGGAACUUAUGAUGAAUAAUACUGAAGCUCAACUAUCAGAGAUACUCUUCGAAAUGGAAAAAUUAAAAGGCGUCAGUGCACGCAGCAGAGAUUAUACGGAUGAUUUAAUGAAAGAACAAAUGGUGUUUGAGCAGAAAGCAAAGAACUACGACCAAGAUUUACAAAUUAUAAAACGUGCCAUUGAGGAGAAAUUGAAGCUUCAUGAUCGACUCAAUAAGCAAUUGGCCAAAUUAAUCGAAGCGGCUGAUGGCAGUGAAAAUGAUCCGUUGCAAAGAAAAAUCAAAGAUUUCGAAACGACCAUAGUCGAAUUGGAAGUUGAAAUUGAAACAGAUCAAAAUAAAUGGUUACGUUUGCAAUGCAACAUUGUAUCUAUGUCGGAGAAAUUAACUGAUUUGUUGAAUGAAUCUCAUUUGGCCAGGCAACAAUUGCUAGUGAUUGACCAGAAAAUGUUAAAAGUCGACGCUGAAUUGAUUGACAUAGAAAAAACUGAUCAAAAUUUGAUUCGUGACAUAAAAAAUUUGAAUACGAAAUUGGAUAUAUUGAGUGCAAAAUUGUACGAUAAGAAGCAAAACAACGCCUCCGAAAAAGAUCAAUGUCAAUUUGUCCAUAUGAAAUUGGUCGAUAAGCUUCGGUCGGAUGAAAUGUCUGUAAUUCAAUUCGAGAAUGAAUUGCAUUUACUUGCAAAUGAAAUUGAUGAAUUGAAGCGAAAUGUAUUGGAUCGACAUCAUGAGGCAUUGUCUUGGGAGACAAAAUGGAAAAUGAUCGAAGAGGCAAAACGACAAAAUGACGAAGAGUACGCAAAAUCCGGUGAAAUUGGUGCAAUGAAAAUGGAAAUUCGUCGCAUGGAAGUGCGUCUCGGUGAAUUGAAGCGUGCCCAAGAGAAAUUAGUGGCAGACAUGGAAUUAUGCGUACAUCAUCGUGAGCAUAUCUUUGAUCAGGCUAAUAUGCGCAACAAAUUACCACACAAAAAAUCAAAAUUGAUUGACACCAUGCAAUAUCGAUUCAAUCAAUUACAAGCGAAACUAAUGCAAAUCACAAGCGAAUUGAAAGAAAUCGACAAGCAAACGGCCAAUGUUGUUAUUGCCAGAACCAUUAUCGAAGAGAAAUUAGAUAAAUUGAAUGAAGACAUCGAUGAAGAAAGAGCACAAUAUAUUUUACUGCAAAAUGAAAUCGAACAAGCGAUUUUGCUGAAACAAGAGAAUUUGGAGCUAAUCGUUCGCUUACAGAACCGAGCAAAACGUUAUCGUGGCAUCGUUCAAGCACAACAAAUACCCAGAAAUCGAGCCGAAAAUGUCGUCGAUCUACAAUACGAUCGGAAUAGAGAUAUUAGCAUUAAUUUGAUCUCCAUAUUAGAGGAUUUACUGCACGAAUUUCCAGAGCACAAAUUUUCCAUUCAACGCAUUCGACAAACACUUAGAGAUUGAAACAAUAAAAAAAAUUAUCAAAUAUGAA